UCUCCAUUUUUUGGAUGCCACUCGGUGUAAAAUGGUAAAUUGUGUGAAAAAAGGUAUCUCCCAUGAUUAUCGCGGUCAAUUUGCAGCUGGUGUUGAUAUAAAGAGUGUGCUUUUACAAGUGAACAGACAUUCGAUAGCGAAAUCUUCUUGAUUGUAGCCACAGAGCUGAGUGAAAACUUGAGCUCCUCUUCUAUCAGUCCAAUUCUAGGCGCCAUAUAACAAAAGUCUCUCGUGAGAAGAGUUUUUUUUUUGAGUGAAAAAUUUUUAGUUUUAGUUUACUCUCUCCCCCCUGUUAAGUCUUUGUUUUUCCCGGGGAUACUUGUUGUGUGUACCACUGGCGUGGUGCUGUGCAAUUUGUGACGCCAGAAGGAGACUCAACAAAGGAAUCAUGCCGAAGAAUAAGUCCAAGCGAGGGAAAGGUCGCCUUGUGGAGCUCCACUCGGACGAUGAGUCGAUCAAUGACAAUGCCAGCAUCAUCAGCAUGCAGUCGGACGAGUGCGGCGGGAGUCUGGAGGACGCGCCCGAGGAUGUGGGCAGCGUGGCGGAGCGCUACGAGGAGAAGUUCAUGAUGGCGCUGGAGAAUUGCUCGGAGAAGUCCAUCCAGACGCGCGUCACGGCCCUGCAGUCGGCCAGCGAGAUUCUCAUGCUGCGCUUCAUGCCCGACACCGUGGAUGACCGCAAGAUGACCCUCAUCGACAUCAUCGACAAGAGCCUGAGGCGGGGCAAGGGCGCGGAGCAGGCGAACGCCGCCAAAAUGGCUCCGCUGCUCAGUAUCCAGCUGGCUGGGGACGAUCUGAUCCCGAAGGGCCUCAAUCAGACGCUCAUUGUCACCGCCCAGGACAAUUCUGUGUCCUACGAGGCGCGCGCGAAGUGCUGCAGCGCCCUGGGAUUGAUAAAUUUCCUGAGCGAGGACAAUAUUGGGGACAUCUUGAGUCACAUGAAGAACUUCGAGUCGAUCUUCUGCGGCAGCUUUCUGAAGGGCGACAACACACCCAGCUCCGCGUCCGCCGAAGCUGCGGCGCUCCACAGUGCCGCACUCGGGGCGUGGAGUCUCCUGCUGACGCUCCUGCCGCCGGGCGACUUCGUGUCGUUCAUGAAGGAGCGCACGCUGCUGCCGUCGCUGCCGAAUCUGAUGGGGAUGCUGCGGUCACCGCACUUGGAGGUGCGCAUGGCGGCCGGCGAGGCGAUCGCGCUGGCGCUGGAGUGCGGCCGGGUGCACGAUGAGGAGUUCAUGGAUGAGCAUCUGCCGGAGUUGAUUGAGAUGACGAAGCAGCUGGCGACGGACUCGAACAAGUUCAGGGCGAAGCGCGACAGGAAGACGCAGAGGGCGACUUUCAGAGAUGUGCUGCGCUACAUUGAGGAGGAGGUGUCGCCGGAGAUCAACGUGAAGUUCGGCAAGGAGACGCUGGUGCUGAACACAUGGUCGAUUCAUCAUCAGUACACGGCCGUGUGCACGGCCAUUGGCUCGGGCAUCACGAUUCACCUGGCGGAGAAUGACUUCCUGCGCGAUGUGCUGCAGCUGGGCGAGAAGAUCAUCACAAUUGGCGGCGUGGCGACGAAGCAGAGCAAGCUGGAGAAGCAUCUGAUCAAUGCGGCGGCAUUCAAGGCGCGCACAAUCUCCAGGAGCAAGCAUCGCGACAAGAGAUCGGCCGUGAUCAAUUGAUGGGACGCCCAAUUUGUAGGCCCAAAAUUCGUUUGACUCUCACUUUCUACUUUAGACUCAAAACUUGAUACUUUCAUUUUUCUGGUUCUCUUCGCUCUCCCUCGGCCGCUCCACUGCCUCACAAUGAUGAUGAUGGGCGAUGGGAGGGGAAGCUCGAUUUGUUUUUAGCUUGAUUGAACGAUUAAAUUUUGUUUGUGAAUAUAUUGAUGAAAAAAAGGUGUAGUUGAAAGAAUAUUACUUUAUUUCCUACAUAUACCAAAAUAUACAUUAACCGUAGAUAUGUAACAAUAUAUAAAUAAUAAUAUGAAUUGGGUAUGCUUAGGAAUUUGUUGAUAUAAAUAGCGUGUAAAAAAAUUUGAAGAAAACAUUUUGGAAAGAACCUAAAUACCUGAGACGAAAUAGGUGAAUAAACUUAAUCAAAUAUCGGCAACCAGA